GGUGAUUGGAAUAAAAAUUCAACAGGAAGCCGCACUUUCUACCAAAAUUUUAUGGUGGACAUUGUUGUCUUGAAAUACAACUCUACUUCUAUUAUUAGGAAGCUAAAGUAUCAUGUCAUAUUAUGAUGGGUAUGGGUAUGGUGGCUCAGGGGGAGGAGGUGGUGGCUACAGAGGUGACUCUUACAACAGAGAUCAAGGCUACGGAGGUGGAGGAGGCUCAUACAGAUCAGAAGGACACUAUGGUCACGGUGGUGGAGGAGGUGGCUCAUACAGCUCCAACAGAUACGGCAGUAGUGAUUACGAUCGCCAUGGUGGAUACAGGGACAGCCGGGACAGUCGGAGUGGAUACAGAGACAGUCGAGAUAGUCGGGACGGCCGCAGUGGUGGUAGGGAUGGAGGAAGAGAUGGUGGUUACCAGCAAAGAGGCAGGGGCAGAGGGGGAAACUUUAGAGGUGGGAGAGGGGGUGGUGGAGGAUUUAAGCGAAAGUUUGAUGGCAGCGAUCGUGGUAAUGAUAAAAAGAGAAGGGAAAUUGAAGUUAUUGAAGACAAUUGGCUUGAAAAACACCCGAUGAUGCAAUCAGUCUUUAUGGACAAUGCUGUGGAAGGCUUGAACCAGGAUUGGCUAUUUGUUGUUUGUCCCACUGGCAACAGAAGGCUUUUGGUGGCAGCAAAUGACGUUUCUCAAUCUUAUGAUAACGAAGGCAAGCCAGACCUGAAAUUUGUUUCCUGUUUACCAAAUGGAGGACCUGAGUUUAUUGCUAAUUACAAAUAUGAUGAUCUGACCAUCCUUGAUACUAUCUACAAUCCUGAACUAAAGACAUUUUUUGUUCUGGACAUGCUACACUGGAAGCAUUACCCAUAUUAUGAAACCGAGGCAGAAUUCAGAUACUUCUUCUUACAAGACAAAUAUUCAGAGCUGAAAAAUCCAACAGUGGUGUCAGAAAGAAACCAGCAUGCCAUUGAACUGUUACAAAAGAUUCCAUACACAGCCAACAGUUUGGAGUCAGCAUUGAAGAACUUUGGCAAGCAGGUCGGCGGUGUGUUGUUCACCAACAAAACUUGCCAGUACUUGUGUCAUGACAACUACGACAGUCUGUGGCUGAGACUUGAUCAAAUGGAAAAUGUGCUUGGUCUCUCAGUCCCAGAUGGUGUCACGUUUGUUGCAACAACAGAUGAUGAUGUUAGGCUCAAGUCCGAGCUCCACCAGCGAGAGAAGCUGCGAUUGGAUCGGGAGGCAGCAAAAGAACGCCAGGAUGAAGAGCUCAAGGCCAGACGUGAUCAGGAAGUGGAAGAAGGUAGCACCUAUCAGGCGGAGACUGCUGAAGGAGGCACCGUUCAAGCAGGAACUGAAGAAGGCACCUAUCGAGCGGUAUCUGAAGAGGGCACCUAUCAAGAGGGGACUGAAGAAGGCACCUAUCGAGCGGUAACUGAAGAAGGCACCUAUCAAGAGGGGCCAGAGGGAGGCACUUACCGAGCAAUAACUGAAGGUGGGACCUAUGAAGGGCAGGCUGAAGGGGGAGAUGGAUCAGCUAACUGAAUCUGUGUUCAUGGUUUGUUUCUUCUGGUUUUUUUUUUUUACUUUGACCAAAAUUUUAAAAGACUAAAAAAAUCUGUACAUUUGUAAGUGAAAAAAUGUGUGGAAUGUUUGUUUUUGAUUCGAACUCCACAGACAUUUAACAUUUGAAUUUUGUUAGUGACUUUCAUGACUCAUACAGAAUUUUGUUUUUGUAUGUUAAUGUCAAUUACUUUUUUUUUUUUUGUUUUGUAAUUAUUCAUAAAUAGUUUCCUUUCAACUCUUUCUAACGGCAAGAAUUUGUUGACAUAAAGACUUCCAGUACCUUGAAAUUGUUACUGCAUGAUGUUAUAGGUAACAAGAGUACUCAUCAUAUUCAGACCACAUUUCAUGUCACUGAUAGUUUAAGGGUACUCCAGUAUCAAAUUCUCUGCUUUAGUGGCUGCUAAAAGAAUGUUGGUUUUCGUUAGCCAAAUGUUUUGUUUGUUAAUUUUUAUAUAAUUAAAUGUCUUAUUGAAGUACUAUGAUGAACAUAGGAGACAUUAUUGUAACCUUCAAAUUGUUACUGAGGGAACCAUUGCAGCCUAAGAGAGUAUAAUAUAAUAUCUAGCGAUACUGUUUGUUUGUUUUCUUGAUCGAGCUCAUUUAUUUAGAUAUUGAUAAAGUAUAUCAUCAGAGGUUUGUAGUGAUUGGUUUUGCUAUUGUCAGAAUCAUGAUGAUUACAUUUGUCAGUUAUUGUAUCAAUGAAGCAUUGAUAUCAUGUUUUUUUUUUUUUUUUUUAAGAAAACAUUUUUGUCUAUUUGUUGUAUUUUAUGUUGUUUUUUUAAUCGACUCAUUGAAUAAAACACUUUGUAUGUUGAA